CAAGUACUCCGACUGUCACCAUUCCUAUCACCAACACGCGCCAUUUGUAUUUUAUUCAUUUCAUUUCUAAGUUAUUUACAGUCCCUAUAUAUACAGUCCUGGCUCGCUCGUUGUCGCCAUACUAAACAAGUUCUUCCCUUUCACCUCCUCGACAUGCAUCUGCCACCUUUUCUUACUCGUCUUAGCGACCAACCUUCCCAAGGUCUCUAUGUCAACUGUGAAUUCAAACAUGAAGAUCCUCUCGGAAAGGCACACUGUCUGUGGUGGUCCGCCGAUUUGCCGACCGCCAUCGUGCUUUUUAUUCCAGGAAAUCCGGGUCUGGUGGACUUUUACGUUCCCUUCCUCUCCCACUUACAUAGAACGCGGAAGGACUUGGCUAUCCUGGCUCACGCUCACAUCAAUCAUACACCUGGGUUCAGAAGUCCUCGUGCUAAGCAGAUUCUCGCCGUUCAAGCCAAAGCUGCCACAGAAGUUCUAGACGCUCUUCGAAAGACGUACCCCGCCUUACCUGUUAUCAUCAUCUCUCAUAGUGUCGGAGCAUAUAUAACAUUGCAAGUUCUCAAGGCCAGAGAAAGUGAAGUGAGACUUGCUCUCUUGAUUUGUCCCACAAUAUCGAAUAUCGCCCACACGCCGAAUGGAAAACGAUUGUCGUGGCUCUUUCGACCACCAUUGCCUCUACUGAUAACGGCGCUCUCUCCUAUCAUUCGUUUAUUGCCUGGGGCUUUCAUCUCUACUCUCUUCUCAGAAUGGCCUCCGGCUCAAAUGGCUGUGCUCUCCACAUUUCUCAAUUCUCCGUACAGUAUCUUUGCGGCUUUGUCAAUGGCUCACGACGAGAUGAAGAACAUCCAGGCGCUGGAUACUGAACUACUCAGGCGACAUCAACACGAUAUACGGAUUUUUUUCACCUCAGUUGACCACUGGGUUGGCGAGCAGGAGGACGUGAUACGUCAAUUUUUUGAAGAGUUUGAACCGGGGUCUGUGAAGAUCACCCGUGGAAUUGAUGGCAUUCCCCAUGCUUUCUGUAUAAAUCAUGGAGAGGAAGUAGCUACGCAAUGUGCACAGUGGAUAGCCACUCAUGAUUUCUCACUGCACUGACGGCCAAACCCUGCCCGUCACAUUGUGA